GAUUGUAACUAGACCGGAACUAUAGCAUGGUAACAUCCUAAAUCUAUUUCUAUACAUUUUUAUAGUACAAUACUACGGCCUGGAAACAAAAGAAAAACAGUAAUAAACAAAUAAAGAAAUGAUUACGAUUAAGCAGUCGACAGUGUGUAGUGGAGACGCUAUUAACGCAACCAGCGACAAAAGCCGCAAAGAAUGCCACACUCCCAAGCAGCUGCUUCUUUCUUUCUUUUUUCUUCCUGCUGGCUGCUGCUUUCUUCUACCUCCUCACAUCAUCGUCGUCCUUAGUAGCUUGAUUCUCUCUGCCUGGUACGCGGUAGUCUCGCUCUCUCUCCUACUACCUAAACGGCUACACUUAAACGGCAGCAGGCAGGGAGAGCUGCUAACGGAUCGAUCGGGGAGUUGCUGGCCAUGGAGCCUGGUCCGGACGCGCCUGCCGGUGGUGGUGGCGGAGGAGGAACCAGUGAGCCAGCAGAGGCCGGGCCGUCGCCGUCGUCGUCCUCGGCCGCCGCAGCAGCCUCCUCGUCGAGCCGGCAGCAGGCAGAGCAGGAAGCACAGCAGCAACAAGGAGCACAGCAGAGGGAACAGCCAGCAGUAAGGGCCCAGGCGCAGCCGCAGCCGCAGCCGCUAACGCAGCAGCCUCCGGCGGGGCUCAGCCGGUACGAGUCGCAGAAGCGCCGGGACUGGAACACGUUCCUGCAGUACCUGCGGAACCACAAGCCGCCGCUGACGCUGGCACGCUGCAGCGGCGCACACGUCAUCGAGUUCCUCCGCUACCUGGACCAGUUCGGCAAGACGAAGGUGCACGCUGAGGGCUGCGCCUACUUCGGGCAGCCGAACCCGCCGGCGCCCUGCACGUGCCCGCUGCGCCAGGCCUGGGGUAGCCUCGACGCGCUCAUCGGCCGCCUCCGCGCCGCGUACGAGGAGUCCGGCGGCCGCCCCGAGUCCAACCCGUUCGCGGCCAAGGCCGUGCGCAUCUACCUCCGCGACGUGCGGGAGGCGCAGGCCAAGGCCCGCGGCAUCCCGUACGAGAAGAAGAAGCGGAAGCGCGGGAGCGCCGCCGCGCCUCCGGUCGCGCCGCCUCCUGUUGUAACUGCAGAGGCCGCCGGGACGUCGUCAGGGGCCGGCGGUGGUGAUGACGAGGACGACGACGAACCAUCGCCAUCUGCAGAUGAACCACAACGACAGCAGACCGCCACGCCGGCUCCUCCUGCAAGUAUUAUUUCCAGUGCUAGUGCAAGUAGUAGCAGUGUCGCCCCAGCCACGACGACGACGACAAGCAAGAAGGAGAAAGAAGGAUCCGCGCCAAGCUCGUGAUAAGUGUGUAGAUCAUCUACUAGCCUUCUGAAUUCUGAUUCAAUCGUAUCAUCGCCGUCCUCCAAAUUCUAAUCCCAACCGCUUCCAUCUUGAAUUUUUAGUUGCUCACUAUUAUUACUAUAUAUUGUUAUUGUUUACUGGCAUAUAUAAAGAGAGGUCUAAGGGACUUGUAGGAUCAUGUUAAUUAGGAGGAAGUACGUACAUAUAAAGAAAACAUAUAUCAUUUCACUUCAAGAAAAAAAAAAGUUAAUUUGCAUA